UCUGUAUCUUCUCUAAUUCUCCUAAAUCACUUUUCCUUUUUUAUUUGCGAAUUUGCUUCGCGUAUUGCCAGUCGAUAAACUCAUCAGAAUCAUCCAUUGACAUCCGGCAUGUGGGAAAAAUUCAGCCGGAUAUGCCUGGUUUUAUAUCACUAUCAAUGGAAUGAGAAAAUAUUGUCCCCAGAUCAGAUAGCCUUGAAUGAAAUGCUUGCACCGAAUCUUAAACACUAGCCUUCAGGCAACACCACCUUACAAAAUCCAACCCUUUAGAUUUCUUCAUGGUCAGCAGGAAGGGUCGGUUAAACGUUACGAUAUUGAUUAUAAGAAAACCUUAAAGCAAAUGGCAUCUCUCUAUCCAAACUGCGCCAACUUCCCUUAUUGUUUAUGUUGGGAAACAAUAUGUAUUAAUUUUUAUUUUAAAGUUUUAUCAAAUUAUAUUAGUUGAGAAUCUAUUGGAAGAACACUCGCAUCCUAAGGACAAGUUACGUAGAGGAGUAAGAAUCAAGAAACUCUCAAUCAGAGAGUCUGUAAGAAGAACAUACAAAAUGGAUUCUUUACUUGCAGCAAUUAAAGUUUUUACUUCUAAUGGUGUUGCGGUUAAUUAGGAGGAUACGCUGAAUAGUUUAGUUGAUAAACAUCCAUAUGCUCCUCCUCCAGCUAAACACAUAAGUUCCAUUGUUGCAGGCAGUGCUGUCUCGUCCAAAGAGAUCAUUUUGAACAUAAUCAAGAGUUUUACAAAGGGGAAAUCCUGUGGGAGGGAUGGUCUGAGAGUUCAACACCUUCUUGACGCACUCAAUAUGGUCCUGCCUCUGCCGUAGCUGAAGAUAUUCUUGCUUCCAUUAAUGGGGUUGUUAACCUUUGGUUGGAAGGUAGUUGUCCUGUCCAGCUGGGUGAGUUUGUAGCUAGUGCUCCCCUCACUCCCUUACUUAAAGCGGAUGGUGGCAUUUGUCCCAAAGCAGUUGGCACGUUUGGAGACGUUUAGUCUCUAAGGUUGCAGCUCAUUCUGUUGUGAAGGACAUGUGUACGUACCUCCAAUAUUUUCAAUUUGGAGUGGGAGUGCCUUGUGGAGGAAAAUCGAUUUUACAUACUGUCAACAGGCUCAUACAAGAGAAGGGUAACUCUUCUUCCAUGUCUAUGUUGCUUGUAGAUUUUUGUAAUGCUUUUAAUAUGGUCGAUAGGUCUACCAUGCUUCAAGAAGUGAAGAAUCGCUGUCCUUCAAUUUCCGAGUGGGUGAAAUUUUUAUAUUCCAAUCCCCCUAGGUUUUAUUAUAAUGAAUCUGUUUUUUCUUCGGCACAAGGGGUACAACAGAGAGACCUGCUUGGUCCUCUGCUUUUCGCAGUCACUUUACACCCUUUGCACAAGAGAAUUGCAGAACAGUGUAACUUGGAAUUGCAUGCAUGGUAUCUGUAUGACGGUACUAUCAUUGGUGACACCAUAAUGGACGCGAAGGCAUUCAACAUCAUUCAUUUUGAAGGUAGUAAACUUGGUUUGCACCUGAACAUCUCAAAGACGGAAAUCUUCUGACCUACAAUAGAUGUACGUAGUAUUGAUGAUUUUCCUCCCCAAAUCUGUCGGACGGUUCAUGGCGUUAAGCUUUUGGGAGGCCCGGUCAGUCUUGAUAGUGAGUUUUGUAACAUCUUAAUCAAGAAUAGGGUGCUCAAGACUAUUAGCCUGAUGGAAGCUGUGAGGAAACUUGAUGACCCACAGUAUGAGCUACUUUUGUUAAGGAGCACGUGCCGGUGUGUCUCGUCUAUACUUCUCCAUGAGAACUACUAUGCCUGUACACCUCUUAGAUGCGGAAGUCCAGUUUGACUCUCACCUUUCACAGCACUUGCGCCAAUGACGGACCAGACCUUGGCAAUGAAGUAUUUCGAUGUUGUCGUCAAGGAUAUGCCCACUAAAUUUGAUAUGUCCGCACGUGAUCUUGCUUUGUGGAAAUGCAACAAGUCUGACCAUGCCCAAGAUUUUGUUAAGGCAAUUCCGGUUGAGGGGCUUAAUCAACAAGUUGGUCCUCAACAAUUUGGUGGUGUGUUGCGGUACAGGUUGGGUAUUCCUUUAUUUACUCAAGGUAGCCAAUGUGCAUUUUUUAAUAGAUAUAUGGAUUUCUAUGGAGAUCACGCCUUAGCAUUGUGCAGUGAGGGUAGGACUCAAAUUCUCCAUGACCUUGUCUGUGACACUAUAACAGAUAUGUGCUUCCGUGCAGGCGAUCCAACGAGAAAAGAAGUUGACCUAAGUUUUUUGUCUAAUGAUGGGGGUGCACUUCGACCGGCUGAUAUUCUGGUCCACAGUUGGGAGAAUGGUAGGAUGUGUGUUUGGAUGUCACUGGGGUUUCACCUAUCCAGGAUUUGCAUUGAGUAAUGCUAUUAAUCGUAAACUCAAGAAAUACUUUAACAAAUGUUUGACUCGUGGUUAUGGUUUUUUUUUCUUCUGAAUCACAUUGAAUUUAUUAAUAGAAAGAAAGUUUCAAAAAUUACAGGAUCAAGAAUGAAGAGAAAAGCAGAGAGCCAACUACAUAGGCUUCAUAAAAGAAAAACUAACAAAAUCUGUAAUACUCAACAUUUGGUAAUUCCACUCUUACUAA